CCUCCGCCAUCUUGGAGAUGGGAGACGGGCGAAGGCUGUGGUCUUUCUGUUAAUGCAUACAAAAAAAAGGGCACGUUAGUCGCCCCACUCCCCCUCAGUGAGGCAAUCAUCACUGUAACUGUUGACCAAAGCUACGGAAGAAGCGAGGGUGUCAAAUCCGAGCCCAGCGACACAGACAGCAGCUUCCCCUGCCUGCAGGGGCGGCAGGAGUGAAGUGACUGAGAACCGGAAGGAUGGUGCAGUCCUGUUCCGCCUACGGCUGCAAGAACCGAUACGAUAAGGAUAAACCCGUCUCGUUCCACAAGUUUCCUCUCACUCGACCCAGUCUUUGUAAAAAAUGGGAGGCAGCUGUCAGAAGAAAAAACUUUAAGCCCACCAAGUACAGUAGCAUUUGUUCAGAACACUUUACUCCAGACUGCUUUAAGAGGGAGUGCAACAACAAGUUGCUGAAGGAGAAUGCUGUGCCCACAAUAUUUCUCUGUACAGAGCCACAUGACAAGAAGGAAGACCUUCUGGAGCCACAGGAACAACUUCCCCCGACUCCUUUGACGCCUCCCAUUUCCCAGGUUGAUGCUGCUAUUGGAAUACUGAUGCCUCCUCUUCAGACUCCAGAUAAUCUCUCUGUUUUCUGUGAUCACAACUAUACUGUGGAGGAUACAAUGCACCAGAGAAAAAGAAUUCAUCAGCUAGAACAACAAGUGGAAAAACUCAGAAAAAAGCUCAAGACUGCACAGCAGAGAUGCAGAAGACAAGAACGGCAACUUGAAAAGUUAAAGGAGGUUGUACACUUCCAGAAAGAGAAGGAUGAUGUAUCAGAGAGAAGUUACGUGAUUCUACCAAAUGACUACUUUGAAAUAGUUGAAGUACCAGCAUAAGAAAACAAAAUUUGUAUUGGUUUCUAAUAGGGCAAUACCACAUACUCUCUUCUAGCCUAUAAAGAAGUUUCAUUUGAAAAAAUUACACUGAUUACUUGUAUAAAAACAAUUCAGAAUAUUUUUUUUAAAAAUAAAUUAGAUAUAUACUGUAAAAUUAUACAUUUUUUGUUUGUAAUUUCAGGAUUUUUACAUUUUAACAAACUAUUUUAAAAGUUAUAAAUUAACCUCAGAGCUUCAUUGUGAGUUGAUUUCAAGAUUGGGAAUUUUUGUUUUUUAAUUUGAGUAUUUAUAGAAAGAAAUGUAAAACUAGAAAGAGAAUGAGUAC